CUCUCUUCUACUUUAUUUUAGCCUCGGCAUUAUUCUUAAUUAUAAACACAGACAUACAUAAUAAAAUGGGUAUCCGCUUCUGUCAAUUCAUUACUAAAUCAAACAGUAAAUCAACCAAAAAUCAAACAGCAGGACCUAAUGUUUGUUCAGGUCGGGGAAAGAGCUAUUGUCUAAUUCAUCGACGAUACUUUGAGACAAGUUGGUGUCCAGACUGUAGUCGUUCAAGUCAUCAUUAAGCUCCACAAAACGUUAGAUUUAUCAAAAAAGAAAAAAAACCCCCCAUCUCGAAAAAUUAAAAAUCAUGACCAAAAAAAAAAAAAAAAAAAAAGAAAAAAAAGAAAGAAAAA